CCCACAGUUGAUGCCUGUGCCUUGUUGAGCCUAUGCGAUUAUGCGAUGUGGCCAAGAGUAGACAGAAUCUUGGCAGGUUAUGCCCGAGGAUGGUUGUGAUAAGUGUUUCUUUGCCAGAUGCAUUUUGGCUCCAUUAUGUUGAGAGGCUGGAUGCCUCAUCGACUGCCAUCGUCCUGAAAGAACAGCCACAGGGCCAUGGCUUCCGAAGCUCAUGGCGCAGGCCUCGGCGCCAUGUAUCGAGCAUGCCUUCAGCGCGAGACCGACGGGUCUUACGGGGUGAUGCUUUCGGCAGAUGCAGAGAUGACAGUUCUCGUCAUUCUCGACUUCCGGGGCUCUCAUGCGGUACAGAGGUGGAACCAGAAGCAUCCCCAGUGUCCCAUCUUGGUGGGACACGUGGUCGUGGAGGUGGUUGAUCUCCUGAUUCAUCGAGAGCAAACUUCUCAGCAAGCGCAGGUGCACGCGUCAGCUUUGGCCAUGCACCGGUGGUCCCAAACCGUGGAGGAGCUGCUCCAUUCCGCGGGUUGCGUGGAACGCGCGCGGAGUCUCCGCGCAGAGGUCGUGGAGACCUGUGCCAUUUGUCAGGACGACUUGAGUUUGGAAGUCGUUGCUUUGCCCUGCAGCCAUCACUUCCAUCACAGCUGCAUCAAAGAGUGGUUCAUCUCACAAAGCAAUGCCCGCUGCCCCAUGUGCAACCAGGUCUUUGCCCGAGCGUGUUAGCUCCGUUGUGGAGAGGGUUUCAAGUUCUUCACAACAGCAGACCGGUUGCCAAGUUGCCAGAAGAUCCCACCCGGAAAGUGUUUAAGACUUUAAAGUAAGACUUUAAAAGAAGGCAAAUAAGUUGGAGCUGCAAACACUAUGACUCAACAAUAGCAGGGUGCCAUUGAAGUCAAAUUGGCC